UUGUAUAGUAGCACACUGGACAUUGUUGUGGAGACGGAAGACAAUGUUGAGACGGACUGCAAUUUCUAGUGGCACCGAAAUAGUUAACGGUACUUAGCAACCGUAGCUCUGACGAAUCGUUUGAGAAGUAACCACUCAAUAGUGUUUACCAUUCAGAACUUUAUUUUUUGAGUUGCGACAGGGAACGUCUUGAGAGUUACCUCUACUUUUCUUAGAAAGUAAAUGUUGCUCAUAUUAAGACAGAAACAGUCUACUUUGCAAAAGUUAGCGAAGUAUAUUUUAAUGUUAAUUUAGCUUUAUUCGCACAGAGACAACAACUGACAUGUGGUAAGGCAAACGAACAACACGCAUACACCAGGAUGACAGAACCGAGCAUUGAGAAGAUCCACAACCUGAAAACUUCAGAUACCCCAUCAGGUGGGAGAGGAACAGUUCUGGAGCAUCCCCCAACCAAUGAGAGCCGUGGACCGGAGACUAACAGUAGGGGGCGACAUGGAGAUAAACAGCAGCAAACACAAGGCGGCGGCAGGGGUAUCACUUCAGACAAGUUAUGGCAAAUGCAAGGCGGACAGGGGGAGGUGUGCCCUGGAUUGGUUGCCGGAAAUGCACUCCCAAAGUGCCCAGCUGCAACACAGCCUUGCCAGGAGCCAGGCGCAGAUGCAGCAGGAGAGGGUCUCCUAGUUGCCCAUGGAAAUAGUGGAGAUGGACCACACGAGGAGACCCUGAGUCAAGUGCAAGGCGAGAGUGGGAAGAGAAGCGAGUCUGGCUCUCCAGGCGCCACGGCAGUUGCUGAUGCGCGCCAUGGAAAGAAGAAACACAGGCGCCGACCGUCCAAGAAGAAGCGUCGCUGGAAGCCCUACUUUAAACUAUCUUGGGAGGAAAAGAAACAGCUUGACGAGCGAGAGACCGAACGAGCAUCUCGAGUAAGAGCCGAGAUGUUCGCAAAGGGGUUGCCAGUAGCCCCCUAUAAUACAACGCAGUUCCUUAUGGAUGAACACGACAGAGAGGAGCCAGAUCUGAAUACUGAGAGUGGGCCACGACGUCUGUUAGGGACUGGUGCUCGCCCAGAGGACACUGCAAGUGAGGAAGAGCUAUUCGAUGUCGAGGAGGACGACGAUGACGGCAGUGGUGGUGGAAGCGACGGCAUUGGGAGGCCUGGAAAUGCGGGUGGGGAGUUUCUUCAGAGGGACUUUUCCGAGACCUACGAGAAAUACCACGUAGAGAGCCUUCAAAACAUGUCCAAGCAAGAGUUGGUGCAAGAAUACUUGGAGCUUGAAAAGUGCAUGUCCCGUCUGGAGGAAGAAAACACCCGGUUGCGACGCGCAGCCAACCCGGACAUUACAAAUGAUUGCCCGGUAGCUGUUCCCCAAUCGGACUCAGCGCGGAUCAGAGAAUUGGAGGGCGAGUUGGAAAGACUGAGGGCGCAGAACAGUGAGCAGUGUUUGCCGAGCCAGCUGAGCAAGGACCGUGAACAUAUUGUCAGAUUAGGUGACUGAAAAUGAACGAAGCCAAGUAAAAUAUGUAAAUGAGGGGACUAAACAUACAUUUUUAAAUUGUCACCAUUUUUAUGUAAUCUGUUUGUUUACUCUUUGGACGAUUCAGUCCAUUAAUUGCAUUGCAAUACUUGAUAUAUAUUUCUUUUCUAUUUUGAUUGUAAGGCGUAUAAAACUUUUUCAAGAAGUAAUGUAUAUAUUUCAAAUGAUAAUUAUUUUCUUUUUAUAAAGAGAAUGUAUUUGAAAAUGUGUUUUUUUUUUUUUUUUUCCUGGUUCUUAAGUAUUGUAUUCAUUAAAAUGCUCCAUCACACAAUUUGUUAAAUCCGCAGGACAUUGUCCAAAUCUGAAGUGUCAAACAAGUUUCUUUCAAGAAAAAAAAAACUCCCCACAAUAAAUUAGCAAGUUAACAUGUA